AUGGAAACUCUGGGCCACGGCGCUCCGGAUGUGUUUGGGGGGUUGUGGGGGGGACCUAACCAAGCCUUCCUCACCCUCCUUGAUCCCCCCCCCCCCCCGUUUUCUCACAUCCCAGAGAACCACUCUGCCCCUCCAGAUGUCACUGGCUACACCAACAACACCCCGGCUGAUGGGAUCCAGGUGGAGAGAGCCCCGGGCGCUGGCAACGCGGCCCAGAAACAGACGCCAAAGUACGGCAACGCCGAGCUGAUGGAGACCGGAGACGGUGUUCCAGUCAGCAGCAGAGUUUCAGCCAAAAUUCAGCAACUGGUCAACACCCUGAAGAGACCCAAACGGCCGCCGUUAAGAGAGUUUUUUGUCGACGACUUCGAGGAGCUCCUGGAGGUCCAGCAGCCAGACCCCAACCAGCCCAAGGCGGAGGGGGCUCAGAUGGUGGCCAUGCGGGGCGAGCAGCUGGGCGUGGUGACUAAUUGGCCCCCGUCUCUGGAGGCGGCUCUGCAGAGGUGGGGCACCAUCUCUCCGAAGGCCCCCUGCCUCACCACCAUGGACACCAACGGCAAGCCGCUCUACGUGCUCACCUACGGAAAACUGUGGUCCAGGAGUGUGAAGGUGGCGUACAACCUGCUGCACAAACUGGGAACCAAACAGGAGCCGCUCGUCAGACCUGGAGACCGGGUGGCGCUGGUUUUCCCGAACAACGACCCUGCUGCCUUCAUGACGGCGUUUUACGGCUGUCUGCUGGCCGAGGUCGUCCCCGUGCCGAUAGAGGUGCCGCUGACCAGGAAGGACGCAGGCAGUCAGCAGAUCGGCUUCCUGUUGGGGAGCUGUGGAGUGACGGCGGCUCUGACCAGCGACGCCUGCCAUAAAGGGUUACCCAAGAGUCCCACUGGAGAGAUCCCACAGUUCAAAGGCUGGCCCAAGUUGCUGUGGAUCGUCACCGAGUCCAAACACCUCUCCAAACCUCCCCGAGACUGGUUUCCAAAUAUCAAGGACGCCAACCAGGACACGGCCUACAUCGAGUAUAAGACGUGUAAGGACGGCAGCGUCCUCGGCGUGACGGUGAUGAGGAUAGCCAUGCUCACACACUGCCAGGCGCUCACACAGUCCUGCUCCUACACUGAAGCGGAGACCGUGGUGAAUGUAUUAGACUUCAAGAAGGAAGUGGGGCUGUGGCACGCCGUCCUGACAAGUGUGAUGAACAUGAUGCACGUCAUCAGUAUCCCCUACGCCCUCAUGAAGGUCAACCCUCUGUCCUGGAUCCAAAAAGUCUGCCAGUACAAAGCUAAGGUGGCGUGUGUGAAGUCUCGGGACAUGCACUGGGCUCUGGUGGCCCAUCGGGACCAGCGAGACAUCAACCUCGGCUCCCUGCGCAUGCUGGUGGUGGCUGAUGGAUCAAAUCCCUGGUCGAUCUCCUCCUGCGACGCCUUCCUCAACGUCUUCCAGUCCAAAGGUUUGAAGCCCGAGGUCAUUUGUCCCUGUGCCAGCUCCCCCGAGGCUCUGACUGUAGCAAUCAGGAGGCCCUUGGAGGAGGGCAGCACCCCUCCCGGUCGCGGCGUCUUGUCCAUGCAGGGUCUGAGUCACGGCGUGAUCCGGGUGGACUCAGAGGAGAAGCUAUCAGUCCUAACGCUGCAGGAUGUCGGCUCCGUCAUGCCCGGAGGUUUGAUGUGUGUGGUGAGGCCUGAAGGUGUUCCUCAGCUCUGCAAAACUGACGAGAUUGGAGAGUUGUGCGUUUGUACCGUUGCCACGGGAACCUCUUACUACGGUUUAGCCGGCAUGACCAAGAACACGUUCGAGGUCUUCCCCACGUCAAACAACGGGGCUCCCAUCAGUGAGUUCCCCUUCACCAGGACCGGCCUGCUGGGCUUCAUCGGGCCUGCGGGUCUGAUCUUUGUGGCCGGGAAGAUGGAUGGUCUGAUGGUGGUCGGGACGCGUCAGCACAACGCUGACGACAUCGUGGCUACGGCGCUCGCUGUGGAGCCGAUGAAGUUUGUGUACAGGGGAAGGAUUGCCGUGUUCUCCAUCACGGUUCUUCACGACGAGAGGAUGGUGGUCGUGGCGGAGCAGCGGCCCGACUCCACCGAGGAGGACAGCUUCCAGUGGAUGAGCCGAGUCCUGCAGGCUAUAGAUGGUAUCCAUCAGGUGGGGGUGUACUGCCUGGCCCUCGUGCCCUCCAACACUCUGCCUAAGACUCCCCUGGGUGGCAUCCACCUGUCAGAGACCAAGCAGCUGUUCCUGGAGGGGUCGCUGCACCCCUGCAACGUGCUCAUGUGUCCGCACACCUGCGUCACCAACCUGCCCAAACCGCGGCAGAAACAGCCAGAGAUCGGUCCUGCGUCGGUGAUGGUCGGGAACCUGGUGUCGGGGAAGAGGAUCGCUCAGGCCAGCGGCAGAGAUCUGGGUCAGAUUGAAGACAAUGACCAGGCAAGGAAGUUCCUCUUCCUGUCCGAGGUGUUACAGUGGAGAGCUCAGACCACUCCAGACCACGUCCUGUACACACUGCUCAACUCCAGGGGUACGAUAGCCAGCUCUCUGACUUGUGUCCAGCUUCAUAAACGAGCUGAGAAGAUCGCGGGGAUGCUGGCUGAACGGGGCCACCUACAGGACGGGGACCACGUCGCCCUCGUCUACCCUCCAGGCAUCGACCUCAUCGUGGCGUUUUACGGCUGCUUGUACGCCGGUUGUGUGCCGAUCACCGUGCGACCGCCUCAUCCUCAGAACAUCGCCACCACGCUGCCCACUGUCAAGAUGAUCGUGGAGGUGAGCCGCUCGGUGUGUGUGAUGACCUCACAGCUCAUCUGUAAACUGCUGAGGUCGAAGGAAGCCUCGGCCGCCGUAGACGUCCGGACAUGGCCCCCUGUAAUGGACACAGACGAUUUGCCAAAGAAGAAACCGCCUCUGCUGUAUAAACCGUCCAACCCCGAUACUCUGGCCUACCUGGACUUCAGUGUCUCCACCACUGGCAUGCUCGCUGGAGUCAAGAUGUCUCACACAGCCACCAGUGCCUUCUGCCGCUCCAUCAAGCUGCAGUGCGAGCUCUACCCGUCCAGAGAGGUCGCCAUCUGCCUCGACCCGUACUGCGGCCUGGGCUUCGUCCUCUGGUGCCUUUGCAGCGUGUACUCAGGUCACCAGUCCAUCCUGAUCCCUCCGUCCGAGCUGGAGGUCAACCCGGCUCUCUGGCUGUCAGCCGUCAGUCAGUACAAAGUCCGAGACACGUUCUGCUCCUACAGCGUCAUGGAGCUGUGCACCAAGGGCCUCGGCUUGCAGACCGACUCUCUGAAGUCCCGAGGGGUGGACUUGUCUCGGGUCAGGACCUGUGUGGUUGUAGCCGAGGAGCGUCCCAGAACCGCCCUGACGCAGUCCUUCUCCAAACUCUUCAAGGACCUGGGACUCCACCCACGAGCCGUCAGCACCUCCUUUGGCUGCAGAGUCAACCUGGCGAUCUGUCUGCAGCCUCACAGGCUGGGAAAGCUUGCCGACCAGGGCACCUCAGGACCCGACCCCACCACUGUUUUUGUUGACAUGAGAGCGCUACGACACGACAGGGUCCGACUCGUGGAGAGGGUCCCUCACAGCCUGCCGCUGAUGGAGUCUGGGAAGAUCCUGCCGGGAGUUCGGAUCAUCAUCGCCAACCCAGAGACAAAGGGACCAAUGGGAGAGUCGCAUCUGGGAGAGAUCUGGGUGCAGAGCGGCCACAACGCCAGCGGUUACUUCACCGUCUACGGGGACGAGGCGCUGCAGUCCGACCACUUCAACUCCAGACUGAGCUUCGGGGACACGCAGACCGUCUGGGCCCGGACCGGAUACCUGGGCUUCCUCCGCAGGACCGAGCUGACGGACGCCAGCGGAGAGCGUCAUGACGCCCUGUAUGUGGUCGGUGCUCUGGAGGAAGCCAUGGAGCUGAGGGGGAUGCGUUACCACCCCAUCGACAUCGAGACAUCCGUCAUCCGGACGCACAAGAGCAUCACAGAGUGCGCGGUGUUCACGUGGACCAACCUGCUGGUGGUGGUGGUGGAGCUGGACGGCUCGGAGCAGGAGGCGCUAGACCUGGUCCCCCUGGUGACCAACGUGGUGCUCGAGGAGCACUACCUGAUCGUGGGCGUGGUGGUGGUGGUUGACAUCGGCGUCAUCCCUAUCAACUCCCGCGGCGAGAAGCAGCGCAUGCACCUGCGCGACGGCUUCCUGGCCGACCAGUUGGACCCCAUCUACGUGGCCUACAACAUGUAGCACGCCCCCCCCGCCCGCCCGCCCCCCCUGGAGGUCUAUAUGGAGGUGGAUGGAGGAUGUUUUUAAGGAAGGUGCAAAGACACGUCUGCUCCUGAGACUGAGAGGAAUAAGACAGGAGUCUGAGGCCGGGGUUUGUUGCCCUGAACUUGGUCUGGCAGGAUUAUUUGCUGCCAGCUCGCUCCUAAAAUCAAGUGGUCAUAUCGAGGGAAAAAAGGGUUCGGACUGUGAUAGGAUUUCAAGGAGGUAAGAACAAGAAGUAGCACUCAUGCAGCCCGGAGGCCAUAGAGGACAAUCGUUGACGUAGCAAAGAUCUGGGCUUUAAAUCACUUGUGGCUCUCUUUACCUUUUCCCGUCAUGUGGUCGCAGAAGAUUCUGUUUUUUUUUUUUUGGGUUCGUCCUCGGAAAAAAAAGGUCAGGCUAUUUUUACCAAACAAACUGUAGCAAAAAAAAAAA